GAUUCAAUGCUACUGAAGUUCCACCUUCGGAUUCAAUGAUGUUCUGUACAACUAGAGGACGUUAUCUUUAACAACCCUCCUGUUGGGAACCGCAUGUGGACAUCUUGGGACAAGGAUGGGUGGGAAGCAGUCUCAUGGCUUCUCCAACAAAGAGCUGAGCGAGGUGAGCGUGAGCCAAGGCAGCAAGAGCGCAGGGAGUGAACAGGGCGGACUGUCCUCUGCCGCCGAGCGAAUCCGCAGACACACCACGGUGCACUUCGGCUACAGCACCCUCAGCUUGGCCAUGCGGGGGCUGGACGACGCCCCGGCGGAGUUGUGGGAGCUGCGAGAGCUGCAGAAACUCAAUUUGUCCAUGAACUGUCUGUGCUCGCUGCCACCUGCCUUGGGCGCCCUGGACAACCUGGUGGUGCUCAACCUGUGGGGCAACAACCUGACCAGCCUGCCGCCCGAGAUCGGCCUCCUGAAGAAGCUGCGCGUGCUCUUCGCCUGCCGCAACCGCCUGAGUGAGGUGCCGGAGGAGCUCGGCUCCUGCGCCUGCCUGGAGGUGCUCAGCCUGGCCAACAACCAGAUCACCAGCCUGCCGGGGAGCUUAGCGGGCAUGCACAACCUGAGCAAGCUCAACCUGAGCCACAACCGCAUCGCGCACAUCCCGACCUGUGUCUACAGCAUGAAGGGCCUGGUCUUCCUUCAUCUGGCCUGCAACCGCCUGGAGACCAUUGCCGACCAGAUCCAGGACUUGGUCAACCUCAAGAUCCUCAUCGUGGAGGGGAACAGCAUCCACACUCUGCCGAAGACGCUGUGCUUCCUGGAGUCCUUGGAGCUCCUCAAUGUGGACUUCAAUGAGCUGCAAAGCGUGCCCGUGGAAAUGUAUCUGCUGAGUCGGCUCAGGAGGCUGGCCUGCCACCCUCUGGACAAAGGACUCCAUAUUGUACAUAACCCCCUCCUUAAGCCUAUUCAGGAGGUGCUGCAAGGAGGACUGAGCGCCCUCUACAACUACCUCAAGCCCACGUGA